AUGCUAUAUCCACUCUACCUGCUGGUCAUCAUCUCUUUGCCCAUGAGGAUCUACUUUCACGCCACCCGCAGAUGGCCACUGAGCAACAUAAUGUGCCAAUUCAUCACAAUGCUCUUUCGCAACAACAUCCGCUCCAGCACCUUCUUCAUUACUUUCAUCAGCGUGGACAGACUUCUGGCUGUGGUUUAUCCUCUGAGGUCACGCCAUCUUCGAACGUCAUCCAAUGCCUGGAAAGGAGCAGCAGUAGUCUGGCUAUUUGUUCUGUUAAUGAAUGUCCCAUGGUUUAUGGACUUAAAACGUUUUAAAAACAGAAACAGUGCCACUUGUUUUGCAACUGGUUCUAUGAGUGCAACACAAUCAGCAGUUAUUUAUUUGUAUAUGGUGUUAAUCGUCACAAUGCUAGCAGUCAACAUUAUUUGCACCAUUAUGGUGUCUUGGACUUUAUGCAACCGUCCCAGUGACACUGCAAAGAUCAACAAAAGGGUGAAUGUAAUGCUGAUUUUUGCCAUGAAUUUGGUUUUAUUCACAAUCUGUUUCUUGCCUGUGCAAAUAGGUUUAGCCACAAAAAGUUUUGCUCAUUUAACCCCACUUAUAUGUCUUGCUGCUGUGAACUGCUGUUUGGAUCCUCUGCUGUAUUACUUUUCUUUUGACUCCUUUUGGAAGAAAAAGGAAGAUGCAACGAUGGGAGGAGAAAUGUAGAUGCUAGACAUGAUAUUUUUAAUGUGAUAUUUUCUUUUUGACAUGAAUUUUUUCUUUCUUUUUUUUUGGUGAACUAACUUGUUAUUGCACAAAAUGCUUAUUUAGUUCAAGCAUAUUUUCUGAAUUCCUAAAUUCUGAAACUGAGCUUAUUGUACUAUUGUGUGUCUUUUGACUUGCCUCUCUGCUUUCUUGUCUUUCCACUCACCCCAAAAUGAUUUGUGGCAGAUGGCUGCCCUCCCUGACCCUGGUUUUGUAGGAGGUUUCUUCCUGUUAGAAAGGGACUUUUUUCUACCCAGUGUUACCACAGGUUUGUUCAGAGGGGGUUCAGUCAUGGA